AGACAAGGCAAGUAAACACAAUAUUUGAAUUGAUUUUUAUUGAAUUCAGUAUUUAUUUAAAAUAUAAUAUAUAAGUGCUUUUAAAGUUGAAUAUAAUGGAAUUAGAAGAUGGUUUUGAUGAUUUACUUGCCCAAAUCAGUGAGCCCACAUCUCCGAAGCAAUUCAAACUUGAAUCGGAAACUUUACAGCAAGUUCAACCGGGAACGUCUAAGGAGGCGGUUUCUAAGCCAGCUUCUUCGAAGACACAUUGUGUGUUAGUAAAUCAGAAACAGAGAGGCAAUCCAGUCUUAAAGUUCAUUACAAGUGUUCCUUGGGAAUACGAUGAUAUAAUUCCCGAUUAUGAGGUGGGAAAGACAAUAUGUUUACUCUUCCUGUCACUGCGCUAUCACAACAUGAAUCCAGAUUACAUACAUAACAGGAUCAAGGAACUUGGGAAGAAGUAUGAACUUAGAGUUCUAUUAGUUCAGGUUGAUCUCAAAGAUCCUCAUGUAGUGUUAAAAAAUUUAACAAGAAUAUGCUUGCUGACAGACUUAACACUAAUGUUGGCAUGGAAUCCAGAGGAAGCAGCCAAGAUUAUAGAGAAUUACAAAAUUUAUGAAAAUAAGCCACCGGACAGGAUCAUGGAGAAGAUUGAAAAUGACCCACAUCAAAAGGUGGUAAAUGCCUUAACAACAAUAAAGCCCGUGAACAAAACUGAUGCCAUGACUUUAAUAUCAAUAUUCGGAACAUUAGAAAAUAUUAUAAAGGCUUCCGAAACUAGACUUGCCGAGUGUCCCGGGUUUGGUGCGACGAAAGCUAAAAAACUGUACAAGGCCUUGCAUGAACCAUUUUUAAAAAGAGGUAACAUUAAUGUGAAUAAAAAUAAAAAUGAUUUCGAGGGAGAUUUAAGUAUAGAAGACAUUGAAAAACUAGAAAGUGAAGUAGAGAAGGACAAUAAAGGAGACACAGAAACACAUAAGAACAGUGAAGAAAAUCCAACGGAAAGCUGA